AUGACUGAAUCUGGGGAUGGCAAAACGGCUGGAGUCCCGAUAGCAGAUUUGGACAUUGAACAGAUUAGUGCUUUGCAAAGGCAGGUGGAACAAGAAUUAGGUUUUUUCCAGGAAUCAGCUAAUCAGUUGAAGAUUCUUAUCAAGAAGAAUGAACAAAGCAUAGCUGCUAUGGAUGUAUUGAAAACAGCCACACCCGGUCAUACUGCUCUCAUUCCACUUUCAGAAUCGGUUGGUUGA